AUGAAGGAUCUGGAGCCGAUUUUUAAAUGCAAAAACGACGCCAUCGACGCUCAAGUGGAGAAGGCGUGCGGAAAAGUGGAGAUGAACGACGAGAAAGUCCCCUGCCAGGAAGUUGUCAAAAACACGAAAUGUCGAUCGAUUGAGUACGGGAAAGUGUGCAAGGUGGCUAAUAUCGAGCAGAUGACCGGCAAGCUGCUUAAUUUUUGGUCAAAGAUGCCUGAAUUCGCGAGAUGUGAGGCUGAGCUGGUCGCCGCUUUCCCCAAG